GCGGCCGGGGCGGGCCGGGCCGCUGUUGGCUGUUGCCAUGGCUCCGGCAAGCCGGGGGAGCCCAAUGAGCGCUCUGCGGCGGUGCCGAGGGGACCAGCCAUUUUGCUUAUGGAAAACAAUGUGACAUAUUAUGCUGUGCUAUACCGGGGAAUAAACAAAAAUCCCGUCGGGGGACGCGGAAGAAACGGGCGUGCGGACUCUUGCAUAUGAGUUAAAUUAAUUUCUUGAGAGAAACCUUCAUGAAGGGCUAAAUAAACAAGGUCUACAUAUACAGAAGUUUCUUACUUCUGCUGCAUUUGAGACUCAGCUAAACUUGUCUGAUUGGAAAUCUGAAGACUUUUAUAGCAAAUCCUCCAGUGUCAAAAUGAACACAGAUAGCGGUGGCUGUGCUCGCAAACGUGCUGCAAUGUCUGUCACAUUAACAGCUGUGAAGAGAGUUCAGAGUUCUCCAAACCUAUUGGCCUCAGGGUCUGAUUCUCAGUCUCCAGAUUCAGCCUGGCGAUCUUACAAUAAUGGCAGUAGAGAGACACUGAAUGGAGACGCUAGCAGUUCAUCUCUUUCAGCAAAAGGUUUUAGGAGCGUGCGGCCAAAUCUACAGGAUAAAAAAUCACCAACUCAGGCACCUCUGCCACCUCCUAGAAAAGAAAGCUUUCGGAAAGCAAGAGUAACUAAUCACAAGAACGAAAUUAAUCUCCAGGCAGUAACUGCUGGUCCAGCUAAACACCACCUCACAGAUACUGCCUAUUACACUAGCGAGACGUUUGUUCAGGAGACAAUGUCUUCUCAAAUAGCUAACACAAGUGUGUCCUAUGCACAAAAAAUCAUUAAACCACUGACCUCAGUCUCCAGUGCAGACACAAGCACAGUAGCUGGCAUUAGUACUACUCUCCAUCAAGGCCAAAGGCAACAGGCUCAGAAACGUAAGAUAUCUACCCUGAAAUUAACCCGGACACGUGGCCCGGCAAGUAGCGCUCCUUGUAAUUCACAGCAACAGCUCAAGCCUGUUGAAGAGCCAGUAUUUUCACAAAGGCCUAUCUCACCUGCCUGUAACCCCAUGCCUGAGAUACACACAGCAUCUCUUUCCGUUCAGAUAGUUCCCACCCCUGACAAUAAAGCAGAGCCUGAAAUCCAAGACCAUCCACCUAGUAUUUCUCCAGACACUUCAAAGAUGUCUUCAAAGGAUUUGGGACAAAAGUCUACAGUUCUUCCUUCUUCACAGGCUCCAGAAUGCCAUGUGCUUGGAAACCAGAAAGUAACUUCCCCUGUGAUGGAGGUAAAUGCUUCACAGACACACAGACAAACAGCAACAGAAGCUUCUCCACUGCCUCUUCCUUCUCCUGUGGUACCAGUUAACAGAGCCUCUUUCUCACCAGACAGUGGCACCCACCUAGUUCCAUACUCUUUGCCAACGCUUGAUGAUUUUUUGCCUUCACGCUUUUACAAAACCCCUGCCCUGUCCCAGUGCCCGUGCCAAUGCCCGUUCCUAGCUCCUGCCAGUGUUGCCCAGGGGAGUGAAGCAGCCUCUGUGAGCACAGACUCUGCCAUGAGCGAGUGCUCCUCCCGCACAGGGAGCGAGUGCUCCACAGCCAUUCUAGAUGAGCUGCAGACCUGUAGCUAUGAUACUACUGACUGCUCUGAAACACCUUCCCCAACCUUGAGCCAGAUGUCUGCUGUGUCAGAUGGCACCACCUUAACCAACACUGCUGCCACUUCUCAUGCUCAGAUCACAGUGAAUGGGAAUUCUGGCACUGCUGCCAGCCCAGUGAGUCACUUUCAAAGGCCUUUUUCCCCUUCUUCAGCUUACCCUCCACCAGCUUCACUCAAUUCCAACAUUGUUAUCAUGCAGCAUGGCAGGAUGAUGGAGUCCACAGAGACAUACUCACAGCAUGUUCAGAGUGUUGGCAGCACCACCACCACCAGUACAAUACCAAUCUGUAGAUCCUCAGAAGAAGAAAAAAAAAUUACAGUAAUUAAAGCUCCACAUUAUGCAGGGAUUGGCCCGGUAGAUGAAUCUGGAAUCCCUACAGCAAUUAGAACGACAGUUGACAGGCCAAAGGAUUGGUACAAGACAAUGUUCAAGCAAAUCCACAUGGUUCAUAAGCCUGAUGACGACACAGACUUGUAUAAUACUGCAUAUGCAUACAAUACUGGUAGCUACAGUCCAUCCUUCUCUGCUCAGGCACACCCAGCUGCAAAGACACAGACAUACAGACCACUGUCCAAAAGUGCUUCUGACAGUAGCUCUGAUGCCUUUAAAGUCUCAUCCCCUUUGCCACCCCACGUGCCGCCACCAGUACCACCACAUCGUAUGAGGCAACGGUCUACACCAGAAAAGAACGACUGGGAUCCUCCUGACAGAAAGGUAGAUACUCGCAGGUUCCGUUCUGAACCAAGAAGUAUUUUUGAAUAUGAGCCGGGAAAGUCAUCAAUCCUUGAACAUGAAAGACCGGCUUCCUUAUAUCAUCACUAUUCAACAGACAGAGGCCUGGACAGGCCCUCCAGUUCUGCAAGUACUGCGAGUGACUACAGAAAGCGAAGGAAGUCGGAGCCCGCUGUAAGUCACCAGAGGGCACACAGUGAUCAGAACGCCAACAGACCUAACCUGGGCCGUACAGACACACAGGGCUCAUCUUCCACCCUUAGGAAGCCUUUAACUAGCUCAUCUCCUUCUUCUCCAUCAAGAGCAAAAGGUGGGGAUAUUAGCAAAGUAUAUCCAUCCCUUUUAAGUUACUCAGUGCACAACCACAACACCUCAAAUGAAUUAGAUUACUGUAGCACUUACAGACAACAUUUAGCUGUUCCAAAUGAUUCAAGAAGGGCAACCAGCUACAAGAAUGGCUGGCAAAUGACUCGCCAAAAUGCAGAAGUCUGGAGUAGCACAGAGGAAGCUGCUUCUCCAAAGAGGAAAUCCCGUAGCUGUGAUGACCUGUUAACAGAUGAUCACGACAGCUAUCCCGAUGCACAGGCCAAGGCUGAAAGCAUGGGCUCUCUGUUAUGUGAGGAGGACUCCAAAGAAAUUGGUUCAAUGAACUGGAACUCCCCAUGUGUUGAGGGCCGUGGUAGUGGUAGGUCAAGAGUUCGUCACAGAUCUGCACAUGAUGCUCCAGGUUUCCUGAAGAUGUACAAAAAGAUGCACCGCAUCAAUCGCAAGGACUUGAUGAAUUCUGAGGUGAUUUGUUCUGUCAAGUCCAGAAUACUGCAAUAUGAAAAAGAACAGCACAAAGGGAUUCUUCAAGGCUGGAGAGAGUCUUCUACUGAGGAGGUGCCCAGAGACAUGGUGCCAACGAGAAUAUCUGAAUUUGAAAAGUUAAUUCAGAAGUCAAAAUCAAUGCCGAACCUUGGUGAUGACAUGUUGUCAACUGUUACAUUAGAGCCUCCUAAAAAUGGCUUGUGUCCAAAGAGGCGAUUUUCUAUUGAAUCACUGCUGGAAGAAGAAACUCCAGUCAGACAUCCCACUCAGGUACAACGGAGCUACAAGUCUAAAACCCUGGUGCCAAUUCAUAUUGAAGUGACCAGUGAUGAGCCACAACGAUCACAUAUAGAUUUUUCAGACAGCGAUCAAGACGGAGUGGUUUCUGAUCUCAGUGACUUUAUCCAGAUAGAGGGUUCAUCCUUUUGUAGUGAAAGUGACUUUGAUCAUUUUUCCUUCACUUCAUCUGAAAGCUUUUAUGGAUCAGGCCAUCACCACCACCACCAUCACCACCACCAUAGGCAUCUCAUCAGCUCCUGCAAAGGGCGAUGCCCAGCAUCCUAUACCCGCUUCACCACCAUGCUAAAACAUGAAAGGGCUAAGCAAGAAACCACUGAAGAUCCAAGGAGACAGGAAGCAGAAUCCGGCCUGUCUAAGAUAGCAUUCCUCGUCAGUCCAGUGCCUUUCCGGAGGAAAAAAAGUGCAGCUCCUAAAAAACAAACUGAAAAGAAAAAAUGCAAGUCAUCAGUGUUUGAAGCACUAGAUUCUGCACUUAAAGACAUCUGUGACCAAAUUAAAGCUGAGAAAAGGCGGGGAAGCUUGCCCGACAACAGUAUAUUACACAGACUUAUUACUGAGCUGCUUCCAGACAUUCCAGAAAGGAAUUCAUCUCUUAAGGCUCUGAAAAAGAGUCCCACGCACCAGCCUUUUCAUCCACUGCCUCAAGAUGGUGCUAUCCAUUGUCCACUGUACCAGAAUGAUUGUGGAAGAUUACCUCUUAGUGCCUCUUUUCCAGACAUCGAUGCAACUAACAACAAUGAUAGUGCACUGUGUUUCCAAGUAGACCAGGAGUCUCCUGGAAGCUAUUCUUCUGCUUUCACUGAUGUGGGACGAUGUACUCCAAGGGAGAGAAGAGGAACUACAGACAAAGAGAAACUGCCAGCUAGAGCUGUAUAUGACUUUAAAGCUCAAACUUCUAAAGAGCUGUCCUUUAAGAAAGGAGAUACUGUCUAUAUCCUCAGGAAAAUUGAUCAAAACUGGUAUGAGGGUGAGCACCAUGGAAGAGUUGGAAUAUUCCCAAUUUCUUAUGUUGAGAAACUUUCUCCCCCAGAAAAAGCACAGCCUGCCAGGCCACCUCCCCCUGCACAGAUUGGAGAGAUUGGAGAAGCUGUUGCCAAAUAUAAUUUCAGCGCAGACACAAAUGUGGAGUUAUCACUUAGAAAGGGAGACAGAGUAAUUCUUCUUAAGCGAGUUGAUCAAAACUGGUAUGAAGGUAAAAUACCAGGAACCAACAAACAAGGCAUCUUCCCUGUCUCCUAUGUAGAAGUCAUCAAAAAGAAUCCAUCAAAAGGUGUUGAUGACUAUCCUGACCCUCCAAUACCCCAAAGCUAUUCUAGUGACAGAAUACAUCAUUUAAGUUCAACUAAGUUGCCUUCCCAAGCACUGACCCCACUUUCCAGACAACUUCCGUCGUCUUGGUCACACAUUGAUCAAAAGAUUCUCCAGGCUGACUGUAGUGACUUGUUCUCAAGGACUGUUGGGUUUUCACCUUCAGGCAUGUGCAACUUAACUUCUGCAUCAGUUCCAGACAGUUUUCUUUGUGACUUAGAAGAACUCAAUUCUUUGGCAUUAGCAACCUCCCAAGCUGUAGCAAUCUCCCCAAGUAAUAGCAUUCACCACAUUAAGGACGGUCACUUUAUGCCAAAUACAGAGGUGUUUCUCAGCUCUCCUACAGAUCUUCCUCUGUCCUCUCUUGUAUCUCCCUCUGUCUCAUCUUCAGCCAGCUCAUCUCAUGGUAUAGCAUAUAAGCAUGUUAGCAACAAUACCAAGUCAGGAAAAGAUAAAGACUUAGAAAGCAUAAUUGACUCUUUAGUUAUUGAAGUACCUAGAGAUUUGUCAGAUACUACAAGAGAAGGUGAACGUAGCACCAUCUGUAACAUCCCUUCGCCAUAUGAAGAAGGUUCCUUGUCCAGUGUGCUAGCUGCAAGUGCUGAAAAUGAAGAGGAAAUCUGUACUGCAGAGCUGUCACUUAAUAGGGAGGAUCAGUCAGAACCUCAAGAAUCAGAUUCCUCUGGAGAAGCAGGAGAUACAACAGAAGAACUGACUAGACUGUAUAUAGAGGAGGAUCUGCUACAUGACAAUUUAGAAUUCCCAAUAGCAAGUGAAGAAGAUUCUAUGGAUUGUUACGAAGGAUAUACUUCACCAACUAUUGAUAAGGUAUUUUAAUUUCUGACAACCCUGACUUCUGUGUUCAGAUAAUUUAGUAUAAAUAUUCUCUGCCUUGUUCAUAUUGUGUACAGGCACACUUUUACAUAAUUGCAUUUGAUAAAACUGAGCUCUGAGCAGGCUUGUUCAAGAAGAAAGAUGUUCCUGCCCAUGGUAGGGGAGGUCGGAACUAGAUGAUCUUUAGGAUCCCUUCCCACACAAACCAUUCUAUAACUCUGUGAUUAAAAAUUGUCAGCAUUAGGGGACAGUCCCUUCUCAGAAGCCAGCAUAUGCACCAUUGUAAAUUCUAUGAUGUAUCAAUUGUGUUGCUCCUUUCCCUCCUGUCCUUGCUGCUUGCCGAGGAGCUUCUGAUGUGAAAAGCCAGUGAACCAUUUCCCUCACGAGCCCAUUGCAUGCUGCCCCUUUGGAGAGAGAGGCCCCAGCAAGCAAAUGUGUCAACAGCCUCCAGAGUGAGGGACUCUCUGUGCCUGCUGCAGAGACUCUGCAGGUUGUGCUGGCAUGUGUCAGCUCACCAGCUGAUGUAUUUAUAGCAGACUCUGUUAGGAGGAUCUGACUAACAGUAACAGAUCAGAUUGUUUGGCAGUUACACAAAUGCUUCCUCCUGAAGCCCUCCCCUGUUCCUCUUUGGGACAGUACAUCACUGAACUAUCCCGUGUGUGCUGGCCAUUAAAUGCUGCAAUGUAACUAUACAUUUUUCUGUCCAGCACUUACUUCAACAGACUAUUCAGGUAGUUGCUUUCACUGUCAGCAUGCAAGUCAGGUGCUUAGAACAAUAUGUUUUAGGUCAAAUGUUAAACUAUUUAAUUACACUUUGCCCUCUAAUUACCUUCUACCCUUAAAUGACCUGAAAAACACAGGAGAAAAACUUCAGAAUAGAGGUGAAAUCCGUGGCCACAAAUGGCAACUUUUUAAUGCUUUCCAACACAAAAAUGUCUUCCAGAAAAGUAGAUGACUAAUAAUAAGAUUAGCAUGAGAUUUGUGAUUAUUCAGGUUAGUUACAUGUCCCCUUAAGAAGCAUUUGACAUCCUUCAGCUGAUUUUGUAACACAGUUUUAUAGCGCAGGUACUUCUCAUAUUUCUUAAACAUUUAAACCAGCUCUGCUUUCUGGUGGAACAUCAGGAGACUGAUCCUCUUUUCCAUCUUUCUUCUAAUCUUCAUUUCCCUCUGCCAAGGCACCUACUUCCCACUCCGUUCCUACAAUAUCCCUGUCUACUGCUUCCCUCUCAGCUCCUCUCCUCUCUAAACCCUUUCAUCAGCAGGAGAAAGACUCACUGCAGCUAAAGGUAACUG